AUGGAAUUUUCAAAAGAACCGAAUUUCCAAUUAUUAAGUGCUAAGGAUUUUACUCCAGAAAAAUGUAUUUGUACAGAACCUAUAAUAAAUUAUUUUAGUAUAAUUAUUUUUUUUGCAGAUGUUAAAAACUUAUCACAAAACUAUGUGGGUGGAUCUGAGUUACAAAACCUGAGAAGAAAAAUCCAAUCCCUUUCGGAAGAGACUAGUAAUAAUUUGAAGAAAAAUGUGUAUGAAAAUUAUGUUCAAUUUAUUGAGACCGCCAAGGAAAUAUCUCAUUUGGAAAGUGAAAUGUAUCAGUUGUCCCAUUUACUAUCAGAACAAAAAUCAUUAUUAAGUGCUCUGUCAACAACAUCUAUUUUAGAAGACACUCAGCACCUGAGUAUUGAAAGAGAGAAUAAGAGUAAUGACAAGGAUGUAGAAGAGGAAAAUAAGCAGAAACUUGCAGCCAUUUUAGAAAAAGUGGAAGGAUGCAAGGAAUUGUUAGAAGUACCAGGAAGAAAAUUUCUAUAUGAAGGAGAUUUGUUAGAAAUUGAUCCAACAGAAAAUACAUCUUUGAAAACUGUUCAUGUGUAUUUAUUUACAGAUGGAUUUAUGAUAACAAAUAGAAAUUCUAAUAGUCGAGGUUUGAUGAAGUACAUUUAUGAAAUAAUGUACGAUUUAAGUAGUCUGGCAGUGGUUAACGUGAGAGAUUUAGGAAAUGUUAAACACGCAUUUAAAUUGUUAAUUUUUCCAGACACGAGAGUUUUUCAAUGUUCUUCUAAUUCCAACAAGAAAGAAUGGUUGGACAAGUUUGACCAAGCAAAGAAGACUAGACUAGCUCAAGAGCAACAAAAGAGAGAGUCUAUUUCGGAAAAAUCACCCUCACGAUCAGCUUCAAUAGAGUCUCCAAGUUAUAACCCUUUUGACGAAGUUGAAGACGAUGUAGGAAUGGUGCACCCAGAAUGGUUUUUGGACAUUCCAGAGGAACUUGAUGUGUGUGUAGCUCAAAGACACUUCGAAGAGGCUCUUUCAUUGUUACAAAAAGCUAAGGAAUAUAUUAGCCAAAUGACGGCCGGUAAUGAGAAACACGAUCAUGUGUUCCUCGAUAUUCAAAGGAAGGUUGAACAAAGACAAAAUAGCCUUACCGAAGUUUUAAUGAAAGAACUAGAAGUUAAUCCUGAUAAAUCUUUACAAGGAGGAUUGAGGGCUGCCAGAAGAGCAGUGAGGUUAUUAAAUCAGUUAGGAAGAGAAAACCAAUCAUGUAACUUAUUCCUGAAAUUGUGUAGCAGUAUGUUAAGAACACAGUGUAAGCGUGUAAAAAGAGAAGGAUCCACCACAACAUACAUACGAAAUUUGGCGAGUGUAGUAUUCACUAAUAUGUGUCAUAUGUCUGAUGAGUUUCUAAGGGCCUUUCCCGAUUCACCAACUUGUGCUUCAGCUUAUGUUGUGUGGGCCAGCAACGAACUACUGCUUUUUACUGGACAUUUUAUAAAACAAGUAUUUAUGCCACAGACUUCGUUAUCAACUGUUACAGAAUGCAUAGUAUUAGUCCGAACGCAAUGUGAAAGAUUGUACAGCUAUGGCCUGGAUUUAUGUUACCAACUGGACGGUGCUUUACGAUCUUCCUUAGUCAAAGCUUUAAAAGACGCAAAAGACAAACUUAUAGAUUCGAUAAAACUUAGAGCCCUAGAAGAUAAAUGGAUCCCAAUUAACCUGCAUUCCAAAUCCGCUUUGGGAAGAUUUCUACACGAACAUUCGCAAAUGGGAUUAAAUUUGGAGAGUUAUGUUUCAGGUGAUACUUGGAUACAACUAACAGCGAGUACUUUAUCGUUUACGAAAAUGUUUUUCCAAUUGUUAAAUGACUGUAUGAAGCUAAAAACGACUGAAUUGGUAUACACCAUAGAUGAAACUUUGUAUAAUGUUUUCGACGCUCAAUUGAAACACAAUGAAAAUGCUCUUCGCAAUGAGUUAAAUCAGGAUCAAAGAAACUUCCUCACUAAAAAUGCUGAAUUUUUACUGGUAAAUGUGAUCGAAGUAUCACAGAAAAUCUACAAUCAAAAUGUAGGCUAUGAGUGUGCCACGCUUCAAAAACUACAAGGCGAAUAUGUGGCUUUAAAAAAGGGUGUUUCUCCAACAACUAGAAAUACUAAAACAAAAUACUCAUCUGAAUUUUUGUAA